UUGCAUUCAGCCUUUUAUUUUUCCUGCACCCUUGAGCUGUAGCCAUCAAUUCCCAGACAACCUCUUGACUUUCCAAACUCCUCCUUGGUCCCCGUGCUGCCUUCCUCCUAUUUGCCACUCCCAGGUCCAUCGAGCAGCAGUUGGAUAGAGCCCCAGCGACCCUUGACCCUUGCAGCUAUUCAGGCAGCCAGACCUUCGAGCACCAGGAGCAACAACACCUGGCCUUCCCAAUCACCUGAGAAGCUGACAAAACAAGCUCCCUGUUGAUGGACCAGAGGACACUGAGGCUCCGUCUGGCCAGAGCAUGGGUGGCCGUGCUCUGCCUGCACGGCACCUGUAGCUUGGUGCUGGCCGGUCCUCCUGACCUGCUGUUGGAUGGAGCUGCGUGGGCCCUGCCUGAAGAUGCCGCCCAAGAGCAGGGCUACUACCUGCAGCAGCUCUUUGGGCAGUAUGGCGAGAAUGGCACCUUGUCCUUCGAAGGCCUCACUCGCCUGCUGCUGAGCCUGGGGCUUGGAAAGGUGCAGGUGGUGGAGAUUGAGCAUGAGGAACUAGGCCACGGCCAUGUGUCCCACCUGGACAUUCUGGAAGUCCAAGACAACAAGCACUUGCAUUCGCACUCAGCGCUGGAACACCUCAGCAGGACCCAAGCAGAAAGCGUCACCGCCACCAGGCCUGGAAUCCCUCAGUCGGGCCAUGCCACCCAAACACCUGCUCAUCCUGCACUCCGUGACGUCAGACCUGUCACCAAGCCUACCUUUUGGCAAACCCCAGAUCAGCCUGGGGGUGCCAAAGAAGACCUAUCCAAACCUUCCCAGGGGCACUCUGGCCUAAAUCUUCUAGAGAGAGUUAUUGCCUUGGAUCACUCUGUCUACAAUCACCUGCAUGAAGAUUGUCUCAACGUAUCACAGCUGCUAGUCAAUUUUGGGCUGAACUCUGUCUCUAAGAUCACGCCAGAGCAGUUUACGCUUCUGUGCCCUGCUUUGCUCUACCAGAUUGACAGCCGCGUUUGCAUCCAGCACUAUGAUGAGGUAGCUUUCGGCAUGGCAGGAAGUUCUCUCUGGAGUGGUCUGGGCUGGGGAUGUUUGGCUAUCACCUUGACUAGCUUGCCUUCUGCCCUGGCCAUUGUUCUCGUUCCUCUCUUCAGCCGUGAACUCUUCCAUUUCCUUCUCACUUUCCUGGUGGCCUUGGCUGUGGGGACGCUGUGUGGGGACGCACUGCUGCAUCUCUGGCCACACGCACAGGCAAGGCCCCAUGGACUUCUGUCACCAAAACAAGAACCAAUGACCUUGGCUGAAGACGCAGUCCUGAAGGGCCUCUGCGUUCUGGGUGGUAUUUACCUGCUGUUCCUCAUUGAGAAUCUCAUGGGAACCCUCAAGAGGAUUCAAGUCAAAAAGAAGGGCGCCACCGGAAAGCCACUUGAACCAUCUCCAGCUGAGGUGGGUGACAACAGCGUUGCUGUUUUGAGGACAUCUCAUGGUACUGAAUCCCAGAGCCUGACGGUGGCAGAAGGAGGAGCUGACAGCCUCUACGGGGAAGUCCAGGACUGCUCUGUCCAAAUCCGCAGCUCAGAAGAGUGUGGAGGAAGCUCAGAGAGGCAGGAAGAAGAGCUCCAUCAUCACCACGCUCAUGGGCAUUCCCACAGUCCAGCUGGAGCCCUCAAGGCUGGGAUAGCAGACAUCGCUUGGAUGGUUAUUCUAGGGGAUGGGAUACACAACUUCACAGAUGGACUGGCCAUCGGAGCUGCUUUCUCUGAUGGAAUCUCCAGCGGUUUAAGCACUACGGUGGCAGUAUUUUGCCACGAACUGCCCCAUGAACUUGGGGAUUGUGCUGUUCUGCUGCAGGCUGGCAUGCCAGUCCGAUGGGUGUUCCUCUUCAACCUGAUGUCUGCUUUCCUGGCUUACUUGGGCGCAGUAGUAGGGACGCUCAUUAGUCGGAGCACCACGCAAGUCACGCCCUGGAUUUUUGCCAUCACGGCUGGUAUUUUCCUGUACGUGGCACUGGUGGACAUGCUGCCUGAAAUGCUGCAGAGGAGCUCUAGCAGGGGCAAAAAGGGCUCCCUUGCCCACUUCCUUCUCCAGAACCUGGGCUUCCUCAGUGGAGGAGUCCUCAUGCUCUGCAUCGCUCUUUUUGAAGGGCACAUCAGUUUUCAUUUGGAUGGGUAGCACUCUUCAACAGGAAACUCCAGAACGCAAGAUGGAUCGAAGGCGAUGCCCCCCCC